GUGAUAAACUGCAGCGAAAGAGGCAAGACGACUACAAACAGGCAAACUCGCGAACUGACUUUCCUGCUGCGCGAGUUGCGGAUAUCUUCAAGCGAGGAUCGCGACGAUGCUUCUCCAAAAUCGAGCCGCGCUGGCUCUCGGCCUUCGCGUGUUCUCCACCCGUGUGAUGAAAGGCCCUUUGAUGCACGCAGCGAGACCCGUCUCAGACAUGUCUGGGUUCCGCGAGGUCUUCUCCAAAGCCAAGCACAUCGCCAUCAUCACGGGGGCCGGCGUGAGCGCGGAGAGCGGAGUGCCCACCUUCAGGGGAGAGAACGAGAAGUGGAGGAAGUGGCAAUCUCAGGACCUGGCCACCCCGGAGGCCUUCUCCAGAACCCCGUCUCGGGUCUGGGAGUUCUACCACUACCGGAGGGAGCUGGCCCUGAACAAGAAGCCCUGCGCCGCCCACCUGGCCAUCGCGCAGUGCGAGGCCCGGCUGAGGAAGCAGGGCCGCUCCGUGGUCGUCAUCACCCAGUGCACGGAGGACCUCCACCGGCAGGCCGGGUCUAAACACGUGCUCAAGGUCCACGGCAGUCUGAUGGAGACGCGCUGUGUGAGCUGUGGACAUGUGACCGUGAACAGGCGCAGCCCCAUAUGCGCUGCCCUAAAGGACAAAGGUUCACCUGACCCGGAUGUUGCCGAUGCCCAGAUUCCUGUGGAUAAACUGCCCCGGUGCGGCGAAAGCGACUGCCGCGGUCUGCUGAGACCCAACGUGGUGCUGUUCGGUGAAACUCUGGACUCUCACAUCCUGACCAUGGUGGAGAAGGAGAUGGAGACCUGUGACCUCUGCCUGGUGGUGGGCACGUCUUCCAUCGUGUACCCGGCAGCCAUGUUUGGCCCCCAGAUUGCAUCCAGGGGCGUCCCGGUGGCGGAGUUCAACAUGACCGCGACGCCAAAAUCUGAGUACUUCACGUACCACUUCCACGGGCCAUGUGGAACGACGCUGCCUCCAGCUCUGGCGUGUCACGAGUCCGAGGUUUAAGAGCCGGUUCCUAAAGAGAAGGACUUGAGGAACCAGCUUCUUCUUCUUCUUCAGACCGAUGAGAUCCAAACGUUUGCCUUAAAGUUCAGCUGUUGAUGUUCGGAGUUUAAGCUUCGACCUUUUUUCUUUUCAUUUCUUAAGACUUUGAUAUCGGUCUCUUUAUACUUGAAUAUACUGUGUAGCGCAAUGAAAUGGGAUAAUGUAUGUUUUACAUAUUGGUUGAUGUCGUGUCUAUGCAGCUUUGAUGCACACAAAAGGAACGCACUAUGUAUGAAGUUAUUGGCAUAGGAUGGACACACACACACACGUCUUGUGUAUUCUAUGCUGGUGAGAGAUCGUAGUGCUGGAUGGGAACAGAUUACUCCCGGUUCUCGAUGGAGAACACAUCUUUGUCCUCUCCCUUGCUCCACUGAGUGAACAAUAUAAUCGUGUGCCUUUUUUUUUCCUCAACCGUUUACACAACCUUGACCAAAUGUUGGCUUUAAACCUCGAAGUGCGUCUCAAACAAUGUUACAGAGCUUUAGUUGAGCGUGGCGUUGGAUCCGGAGCGAGGACGGAGGGGAGGAAUCAUGUCCCCUCAAUCCGGAUUGGGCUAUCUUUCCAUUGGUGCUGUUCUGAGUGCGUUUAUCGGGACAUCGGUCCAGUCGCUGUGCACGGCGUGGGGUUACUAAUCAGACAUUUCUACUUUAGUGUCGGUUUUCAAAAAGCUGCCAAAGCGAAUGCACUUAAAUGUGAUUAUCUGUAUGUUCAACUUUCCUGUUUUUUUUUUUUUGGGCUCAUAAAAAUCCCGCACAAUUUUUUAUGACAUCUGCUGCCAAUGCCACACAAAAAAAGCAUAAUGUAAUUAUUAAAACACUAAAUGCA